GUGCGCUUGUUUUAUUGUACCGACCCACCCGAAGGAUCGGCCAAAAUUGCUCGACAAUGUGAAGCUGGUUCCCGCCCAAUCGAGAUGCACGCUGAACCACAUAUGCGCUCCCACAGGUCACAUGACAAGGAACAAAGGAAGAGGGGAGGAGGAGAAUUAGAGGAAAAAAUACAGGAAUUAAAUGGAUAAGCAACUGGCAAUGAGACGUCUUGAAUGCGGUGGUGUGAAGAGACAGUGAGAAAAGGAACGAUGGUGACAUGCUGACUUCUAAACACCAGAUGUGAAGUGAAGGACAAGUGGACAUGAGAUAAACCCGUAAACAAAGAAACCUCAGAAGGAGAAAAGAAGAUGAAGCUAAAUGAACGCAGCGUGGCUCACUAUGCCACCUGUGACUCGCCUCCAGACAAAACAGGCUUCCUGUUCAAAAAGGGUGAGCGCAACACAGCUUACCACCGGCGUUGGUUUGUCCUAAAAGGUAACAUGCUUUUCUACUUUGAGGAGCGUGACAGCAGGGAACCCAUUGGUGUGAUAGUACUCGAAGGGUGCACGGUGGAACUGUGUGAGUCAGCAGAGGAGUUUGCCUUUGCUAUCAAGUUUGACUGCCCUAAAGCACGGGUGUAUAAAAUGGCUGCCGAAACUCAGGCAGCCAUGGAGUCCUGGGUCAAAGCAUUAUCUAGGGCCAGUUUUGACUACAUGAGGCUGGUAGUGAAGGAGCUGGAGAGGCAGUUGGAGGAGAUUCAGGAGGCUACAGGAAAUGGAAAUGUACCUGGGAGGCCCAAGCUGUCAAGAAGAAACCACAUGGCACGAUCAAAAUCUGGAGUAUCCUCAUCUUCUUCAUCAUCUUCAUCCUCUUUAUCUUCCACAUCAGCAUUCGGAGUCCCUUCAGUUCCAAGCCAUUCCUCAGCUCAGAAGAUGUCCCAGGAUGAGGUGCAGCUGAACUCUGGAAGCUCCAAAGAGAAUGGGGUCACCUGGAGUAAACCUCCAGCCUUGGUUAACGGUGCACUGGAUGGAGCAUCUUCCUGUGCAGCCUGGGAAGGAAGUGCAGACUCUGGGAACAACGGUGUAAAACGUUAUGCAGCUGAUGGGGUUAGGGCUCCACCAGUGCCACCAAGAAGAAGAGGAGCUUCUUUGGAAAGCCCUGUCUCUCCUGGCACUGGCUGCUUCUCCAAACUCCAUGAUUGGUACGGCAAAGAGGUGGAAGACUUGAGAGUGCAAUGGCUGCAAAGCCAGUAAGGAAACAGGAAGUAGUCAUUUUCCAUCCCUCCACAUUAUUACAUCAUUCCUUCCAAAACAUUAAUUACAAAAACUAUGAAAAACUCACUUUAGAGUCUUAAGUAAGAGGUUUUAGAUUGAUUCCAAAUCUCAUCCAUCACAGGAAAUGCAUUUGGUCUAGUGGAAUAACAUUAUUGUACAAUCCAAAAUUUUGAUAUACAGAAAAAGAAAAAAAUGUUUUGCUUAACGCUAUUUGCCCAUUUAAUUUAAGAAAGCAGCAUUAAAAUUCUGCAGUUUGGUGAACUGAGAUAAAAUGCUUGAAAUUGUGUUUUGCCCGUUGCAGUGCUGUUUUUUAAAUUCCUUUGUAGCCAAAUGUACUGUAGCAGUUCUUAAAUUCUGCCAAAAUCUAAAAUGUAUUCCUAAAAACAUGUACAUUAUCAGAGUGUUCACAAUGAAGGCAACAACAAAAACUUGUUCACACCCUAUGUGUGUGCGUGCAAUCCCGACAAAGACUUGUGUUGUUUGUCCCUGUACUAUUAGUGGCCUGCAGGAAAUAUCUUUGGCUUUUGUAGCUUAGUUCAUUUUAUUGGAGGGGAUUUGAGAAUUUAAUUAUAUUCUCUAUUUACAGAGCACAACUGGAAAGGUACAUACUUUAAUCCCUUCCUCAUUUCUGGUGUAGCAUCAUUAGUUGACCUUGAAAAGUUAACACAACAACCUGUCAGCACACAGAAGUUGAAUUAUUCCCACUCAAGAGUAAUUCUCUUUAAGGUGACUGCAUAUACUGUGUUAGCCUUGGUAAUCUGGCUUUAUUUGCACACACUAAGCCUUUGCAUUGACUUUGAAUGUAAUUGGGUUCAAAACCAAUUCCAACCACAUCUGGACCGACUUCACGGUUAGCAUUAGAAAAAGGGGCAAACACGACCAAUGUGUCAUUCUUGCUCAUUUGAAGUGACACAGUUAACCAGCUAUUGACAUUCUACAGUGAGGCACGGAGGGCUCUGUUUUUUAUAGACAUUAAUUGUAAAGUACUUAAGCUCCUUCCACUUGACAUUCAACUUGUGCUUAAUAGCUAUAUUAAUUUUUUACAUACCGAUGAAUAGAGUAGCGUUAAAGGACACUAAAUAAACCUGUUUGGUACAAAGUGUAAGGGGAAAAUGUUCCCAAUAAAUCCCUGGUGCUGUGAAGUUACUUAAAUUCAAAGAUGACAGUACACAGCUGUCAAACAUCUGCACAGUUACAGACAUGUCUGAAUACCAUAAAAUGUCCAUACAAUUUGCAUUUCCUAUUAAUUUUAAAAACUUUAAACUUGACUUAUUUUUAUCGUUUACUGUAUAUUCAUUGUAAAGAAGCAAGGGUUUCUUUUCAAAAGAUUGUUUGGAAGGAGGAGGGGAAUUCUCACACUCCCAGAUGAGUACAUCUCACUUCAGAGACCUUGUGGUUGCUAAUGUCAGAGCAUCCUCUCGACACUCACUAGGGACUGUGGUAGGAGUUGGAUGAAUCACCCAAAGCAACACAUCCUGGUAUUUUUAGCCAUUGUUAGCCAGCAGCAAGAUGAGGCGAUGUUGUACGAGUGCUUGUCACUUUGAGUUCUUUUCUGAAUUCUUGCAUUUCAUUUAAGAAAAAAAAAAACUGCCUUAAACACCUGAGUUUACUUCAUCACCAUUAUCUGAUUUUAUUAAGUGUUUGUAUUUGCUUAUACAGUGUAUUUGCUUAUACACUCUGCUCAUAAAGCAGAGUGCUAAAUGAGUAUAAUAUACACAACAUACAAACACCUAACCUUUGACUUUGUUCUUACUAUUCCAUAUUGGAAAUUAACACCAAUUGUAACUCUAAACACAUAAACCCGUACAUUUCAGUUUUAUAUGUGCCUUCUGUUCUUUAUACCUCUGUUAUUGCACUUUUAAACAUUAUCAUUAAUCAUAAAAUGAGGGGGUGGGGGAAUAGGGGUGCAACUUGACCUCUUUUGAUUGUAUUGGGUGUCAUUACUCUUUUUUGCCAAAGGCUCAUUUUAAUGCAAUCACUUUUCGACCUUUUCUCAGCUCCUUCAGUCUGCUUCAGUGCACAUCAGAGUCAUUUCUAUCAUUUCUGUUUCUUGUGCUGAUAUGGCGGUGAGGGGAAAAACGGUACAUUGUAUGUGUGAUCUGAAAAAAAAAAAAAACCGCAUCAGUAUCCUUUGCAAA